UCAGCUGAGGAUACUUAUAAUUUCUUGGUAAAUUGGCUACAAAGAUUCCCACAAUUUAAAUCUAGGGACUUUUUCAUAGCAGGAGAAAGCUAUGCUGGCCACUAUAUCCCUCAGCUUGCAGAGUUUAUUUUUGACAGAAACCAAGAUACAAACAAAUACUCCUUUAUUAAUCUUAAAGGUUUUAUUGUAGGGAAUCCAGAAAGUGAUGAUUAUUAUGAUUAUAAAGGCAUAGUAGAAUAUGCUUGGAGUCAUGCAGUUAUAUCAGACCAACAUUAUGAAAAAGCAAAACAAGUUUGUGAUUUUAAACAAUCUCGAUGGUCCAAAAAGUGCUUCCAGGUCAUGGAUGAACUGUUCAAUGAAUAUUCAGAAAUUGACAUAUUCAACAUUUAUGCCCCAGCAUGUCGCUUGAAUAGUACAUCCACAGUAACAAAUAAUGGCCCUCAAUCACUUACAAAGGUGAAAAUUAAUUAUAGGAUAAGAAUUUAUGGGGGCUAUGAUCCUUGUUUUUCCACAUAUGCAGAAGAAUAUUUCAAUAGGGUAGAUGUUCAGUCAUCUUUUCAUGCAAAUAACAUAGCAUGGAGAGGUUGCAAUGAUUCCAUAUUCAAGACUUACAACAUCAAUGUUUUUUCUGUCCUACCUAUCUACGCCAAACUCAUCAAGGGUGGCCUUAAGAUAUGGAUUUAUAGACUCAAUAUCAAAUAUGUUAGGCUAUAUAAGCCUCAAUUCACUCACUUCACUAACUUGAGGAUGACAAGUUUCUCCGAUUAUUAUUAUAAGAAUAAAUUUAUCUUUUAA